AGCCUGAAGCUAGGUAGCCUGUAGCUAGCAGGAAGCUCGCGCUGUGGUUGGUUAGUGAAGUUUAAUGAAAUGUUGUAAAUGUUGGCGACCAGCGGUUAACCAGGCUGGUUAGUUGGUUAGAAUUAAUCCAUCGAUCGUUCCUCCUAACAUGUUAGCUGCUAGCUAGCUAUAGCUAGUUCUGUGGUUAGCUGAAGCUAACCGUUAGCUUCUUGGCCAAAACAAUCGACCUCAGACGGAGUGGAGCGCCUGAGCUCUGCAGCGAUGCCUGAGGUGCGGGACCUUUCAGAGGCUUUACCGGAGAUGUCCAUGGAUCCCAUCACUGGCGUUGGAGUCGUGGCUUCCAGGAACAGGGCCCCCACUGGAUAUGAUGUGAUAUCUACAACCACGGAUGGCCUGGAUGCAGACCUGUGGAAGGAUGGCCUGUUCAAAUCCAAGGUGACGCGCUACCUCUGCUUCACCAGAGUUUUCUCCAAGGAAAAUAGCCAUUUAGGCAACGUUCUUGUAGACAUGAAGCUAAUCGAUAUAAAGGACACCCUGCCGGUGGGCUUCAUCCCCAUUCAGGAGACGGUGGACACUCAGGAGCAGGCCUUCAGAAAGAGGCGGCUGUGCAUCAAGUUCAUCCCCAGAGACUCUACAGAGGCGGCCAUCUGCGACAUCCGGAUCCUGGGCCGCACCAAGCAGGCCCCCCCUCAGUACACCUUCAUUGGGGAGCUGAACAACAUGGGAAUCUGGUACCGCAUGGGGACCGUUCCUCGGGCUCAGGACUCCACCCACGCACCAACCACCAACAAUGUCCAGAACGCUAAUUCAUGCGCCGUCCCCGUCCCCGCGGCUCCUCUCCCCAAACACAUCUCCAUGACGCUGCCCGCCAGCUUCAGAGGGAAGAACGCCACCAGGCCAGACUACGAGCACCAGAACUCCAACCUUUACGCCAUCUCAGCGAUGGACGGGGUUCCUUUCAUGAUUUCGGAGAAGUUUGCCUGUGCCUCCUCUGAUCUGCAGCAGGUGGAUCUGAUGGGCAUCACCAUCAAGACGCUGGCUGAGAUCGAGAAAGAGUAUGAUUACAGUUUCCGCACGGAGCACAGCGCAGCGGCUCGCCUCCCCCCCAGCCCCACGCGGACCUCCCUGAGCUCCGAAGCCUGACGCUCCUCUUCCUGAACCGCCCUGUUGGUAGGGAACACCCACAGGAGAGACCUGCACACAACUACUGAGUACCUGGCCCCCGACGCGUGAAGAAGGUCCGAGUCCAGCUGGAGCUGCUGUUCCCUUCAUACGCAGGGCAGAGCGGAUCCAGGGGGGCGACA